AUGUCGCCCUCGGCCGUUGUAACGGAUCCUCAACGGAUUACUAAUGGAUAUUCUAUCGUUCCUGGAAAGCCUGUCGAUGCAAACCAAAUCAAAGCCAUCAGCACAGAACUCGAGUCGUCUGUAAGCAACGAUACCACGACAGCUCACAGAUAUGGACAUUAUAAAAACCCAUCUCUUUACGUUACUCCUAGCCACGAGAUUCGCAUGGAAGAGAGCUCCAUACAGCCACCCUCGCCGACAGAGGUAUUGAUCCAUGUCCGCGCAACAGGAAUCUGUGGAUCAGAUGUGCAUCUGUGGCAUCGCGGCGCCAUAGGACCCCUGAGAGUGGACCACGCUCAUGUCUUGGGUCAUGAAGCAUCUGGUGUUGUCCUAGAGAUAGGGACAGCUGUCAAUCAUUUAAAGCCAGGGGACAGGAUUGCUAUCGAGCCUCAAGUCCCUUGUCACACUUGUUUCCUUUGCACAUCGGGCAAAUACAACCUGUGCGAGUCGGUUCGAUUUCUCGGUGUCUGCAAUGGAGGAACGAUUCGUCGCUUCAUGACUCAUGAAGCUCGAUACUGCCACAAGAUCCCGGAUGGAAUGACAUUCGUCCAAGGGGCUCUUUUGGAGCCUCUCUCAGUCAAUCUCCACGCCAUUCGGCAGUGCGAGGGAUCAAUCUCUGUUGGAAAACCAGUCUUGAUCUGUGGGGCUGGACCGAUUGGUCUGAUCGCGCUGGCCUCGGUGAGAGCUUCCGGGGCGUGGCCUAUCGUGAUUACCGAUAUCGAAGAAGCACGUCUCGAUUUCGCGAGGAAGUUUGUCCCUGGAGUGAAGACAUAUCUCGUUCAACCUUCCAAGACACCUUUAGCAUGCGCCGAAGACAUCAGACUUAUGUUUGGAUGUACCGGAAGUCGCGACGUCGAGAAAGGCAUCCUGGAGGUGAAUGAGUACAGUGCACCAGCGACUGUGCUAGAGUGUACAGGAAUAGAAUCUAGUGUCAUCACCGCUGCAUACGCCUGCCGACGAGCCGGCAUCGUUAUGGUCAUCGGAGUAGGGCGAAGCCUAAUGGAUAAGUUGCCUUUUAUGCAUCUCAGUCUCGCAGAAACCCAGCUGAGGUUUAUGAAUCGGUACAACGACACAUGGCCUGCUGGCAUCAACGCUCUGUCCAACAGCCAAGUACUGAACUUGGACGGUCUCGUCACUCAUAAGUUUCCCUUGGAACGGGCGACCGAGGCAAUGAAACUGUGUGCAGAUCCAUCCCAAACUAGCAUAAAGGUCAUGAUAGUGGACGAUCAAGAGAUCAUUUGCUGA